GGUUAGCGAGAAUCUAUAUAAGGCGCAGACAACAAUUGUGUUCAUCAUAGUCAUAAUAACAACAUACAUAGUUCUAACUUAGAGAGCUACUUGUUCAUAUGUCUACAGAUCAAUGGCUCUUGUUAUACAAGUAAGAGCUUCUUCGCUUUCAAGUUCAAUUCAUCAUCCUCGUCACAAUUCCAUGCAUCCACCAUGGAACUUGUCGCUACAAACAUCUAAAGGCCAAGGGACCAUUAUGCAUAGUAAAAAAUUAUCUAUCAAUUCCGUUCUUCUUCGUGAGAAGGCGGAGUGUCUUGAAAGUAAUGAUAGGAAGAAAAGCUUGGAGCAGGUGAAGAAAGAAGGGCAAGAAGCAUUGCUAAAAAAGUCAAGCGAUCCAGUGGGAACAAUGAAAAUAAUUGAUAGCAUUCAAGAGCUGGGAAUUGGGCACCAUUUUGAAGAAGAGAUCAAUGCACUUCUUGGAAAGAUAUGCCACUGGGAUGCCUCACAAGACCUAUUUGCCACAUCCCUUCAAUUUCGCCUCCUGAGGCACAAUGGCUGGACCACUUUUCCUGGUAUGUAUUACCUUUAUUCAACUAAUUAA